AUGGUUUUGGAAAAUAAUUCUAAUGUUAUCGUCAUGAUAACCAGAGAGGUAGAAGAUGGAGUUAUCAAAUGCCACCAUUACUGGCCCACUUCUAUGAAGAAACCUUUGGAAUUGAAAAGCUGUUAUAUCUUCCUGCAGAACUACCAGAUACUUGACUAUUUCGUCAUUCGAAUAUUUGAAGUUGUCAAGAAGUCCUUCAACAUCAUGGAUAUAGUGGGCCAGAUGAGAGAACAACAUUAUGGAAUGAUCCAAACGAAGGAGCAGUAUAUCUUUUGUUAUAAAAUUGUGCUUGAAGUUCUUCAGAAGCUUCUGACUUUAAAGUAAAACUUCUGUUG